CGGCUUGCUGGGGGCUUCGGGCGGCGGAGCUAGUCCCGACCCUUUCUUUUAACGCGAACUGCUGUCGCGUCAAACUCAAACCAGGUGCCGGGCUCGGCUGUGUGCAGCCGCCGGCGGGGGAGAGCGGAGCGGCAGCAGCAGCAGCCUGCCCCGGCUGUGUGCGCUGGGACAGGCACUUUGUUCGCUCUCCCACCCCUCCCCUGAGGCCGGCCGCCGAGGGGCAGGGCAGAACCACGCGAAGGAGGGGGGAGCGGACCCUGCGGAGGGGUGAGGGACGCUGCCCGGCUGGCAGCGCGGCUGUCUAGCAGAGGGCGAAGAAGGGGUUUCUCAGGGAGCUCGCCUUGCUCCCCGCCCCCUCCCCGCGCUGUUCCUGCUGUUUUGCUUGUGGAGCUGACAGGUGCUGCUCCGAGUCAGCGGCGACUCCUCUCGUCCCCUCCUCCCUUGGCCCCAGCGUGCGCUGGGCGCCUUCGCCAGCCUUCUCCCUCCCAGCCCCGCACGGAUUGCGGAGCCCUUGCGAAGCUGGUUUGGGUCCAGCUUUUGCUUUGAUCCUUUAGCGUCCCCCCCCCAACCUGAGACACGGAGAAAGGCGCUAGGACAAAGUUUUGGAUGGGAUUAUGUGGAAACUACCCUGCACUUCUGCGCUGCCAAAGCAGGCUCAGGGCUGCUUUCUCCCCAGCGGCGCAGCCGUCGCCUGGUGGUGGUGAAAGAGACCCGGGACUUGCCGGCGAGCUGAACGUGCCUGGUGUGUGUGAUAACUUCCCCCGGUCAGCCAAAUGCUCCUCUUCGCCUUUCUCCUGCUGACAUCUGCCCUGGCCAGCCAGAGACAUGGAGCCCAAGCGGAGUCCAAUCUGAGCGUCAAGCUGCAGUUCUCCAGCGCCAAGGAGCAAAAUGGAGUACAAGAUCCCCAGCAUGAGAAGAUUAUCACUGUGUCUACUAAUGGAAGUAUUCACAGUCCCAAGUUCCCACACGCUUACCCACGCAACACUGUACUGGUAUGGAGAUUAGUAGCAGUAGAGGAGAAUGUGUGGAUACAGCUUACUUUUGAUGAAAGAUUUGGGCUUGAGGACCCAGAAGAUGACAUAUGCAAGUACGACUUUGUAGAAGUUGAAGAGCCGAGUGAUGGCACUAUUUUAGGGCGCUGGUGUGGUUCCAGUACUGUGCCAAGCAAACAAAUCUCCAAAGGAAACCAGAUCAGGAUAAGAUUUGUAUCUGAUGAAUAUUUUUCUUCUGAACCUGGAUUCUGCAUCCAUUAUACUCUCCUCAUGCCAGUCCUUAGACUGCAUUCAUCACCAUGGGGUGAUCCCAAUACAAGCAUGUGUGGCCCCAUCCACAGUAAAAACCUAUGUUCAGAGGCUAAAAGAAAGCAAAGCUCCAGGAACCAUCUCCCCACCGAUAAGCACCAUACAGAAGCUGCCAGCCCAUCCAUGUUACCCCCAUCAGCUUUACCAUUAGAUUUACUAAACAAUGCUGUUGCUGGAUUUAGUACUGUAGAAGAACUUAUCCGAUAUCUGGAACCAGACAGGUGGCAACUGGACUUGGAAGAUCUGUACAGACCAACAUGGCAAAUCCUUGGAAAGGCAUAUAUUCGUGAGAGAAAAUCAAGAGUGGUGGAUCUGAACCUUCUAAAGGAGGAGGUGCGACUCUACAGCUGUACUCCUCGCAACUUCUCAGUGUCAUUGAGGGAGGAACUGAAGCGAACUGACACCAUUUUCUGGCCACUAUGUCUAUUGGUUAAGCGUUGCGGUGGAAACUGUGCCUGCUGUCACCAUACUUGCAAUGAGUGCCAAUGCGUCCCAACCAAAGUCACCAAAAAAUACCACGAGGUUCUUCAGCUGAAGCCCAGGAGCGGUGUAAAGGGAUUGCAUAAAUCAUUGACAGAUGUACCCCUGGAACACCAUGAGGAGUGUGCCUGUGUCUGCAAAGGGAAUACUGAAGGAUAAAUGUGGCUAAGUGUGCUUCUUUCUUUCAAAGUACAUUCAAUUAAUGGCUGAUUCUGUUAUGGGGCUUGUGCAUUAUCUCCUUCCGUAAUCUCAGUUGUUUGCUUUGGGGAUCUUCCAUCUUCAGGAUUUACAGUGAGUUCUAAAGAGAGAAGAAACCAAACUGGGAUUAUAUGUUGUGUAAAAGCUGUCGCUUGGAGGCCCAGUCAAAGGAUGGGAGAAAGGCAUCAGUGAGGGAUUACUAGAAGUAUAUAUUAUCAUGUCCAGUUGGCUUGACAUUACACGGAUUUAAGAAUUUAGUGUAAAAAAUUGCAGUGUUCACACCACGAAGACUUCAUUCUGCUGGCUGCCUUACUUCUACAGCUCCAAUACAUCUGGCCUGUGAUUGACAACAUCUGGAAUCUGUCCUUCUGUACUCAACCCCUCCCACAUGCUCUAAAUCAGAGUUCUAGGUCUUACAAACUUGCUUUAAAACAAACUGUCUUGUUCUGAAUUAAACUUAAUUUGUCUGAUACUGGUAGGAAAGACUGGAUUUUUCCACACCCACUAUUAAAGCUCCUGCCUUUUAGAAAAGCUGACUGGACAAUAAGCAUGAGCUAAGGAGGCAAACAUUGAAAAGAACAGUGGCUUUACUCUAAUUACUAUGGCCUACGACUUUUUAUUUGUUUGUAUUUUUUAUCGUGUACAUUUUUAUACUCUCCUUUUGACAAUAUAACUAUUUGCUUUUUCUAAUCUUGUUAAAUAUAUCUAUUUUUACCAAAGGUAUUUAAUAUUCUCUUUUAUUACAACCUAGAUCAACUAUAUUUUAGUUUUGUAAGACUUUAAAGCCAGAGGUAUACAGUUGAAGGGACAGAGAUGUGGUUACUGUGGCAAAGCAUCUAUUUCUACAUUGUCUGGUGCUAGACAGUGGAACAAAUCUGGGUUUACACAUUUAAACAGAGUAAUGACAAAUGCAAAGAUUAUUAGUGUGGAUGAAGCUCUAAGCUUGAUGGCUCCAUGAUACUGAAAAUAUGAAAAACAGAUGUUACUAUAAAUGAUUACAGAAAUAGCUAUCAAAAUCCCUCUAUAUUCUGGCCUUUUGUCAAAUAGGAAAAAAAUAAUCAGGUAUAUAUAGACCCAUUCUGGCUUGUUUUAUUGUUUAAUUUCUUUGAAGUAGAAAGGUCUACAACAGCAUGAGAAGAGAAGUUCAAUGGCUUGUUGCCUUCAUGAAACUGUGUUCAUAGAAAGGCAGCCAUAUUUAUUGCUUCAGGUGUAUGGUUUUUCUUUUAUGGUUAUGUCCAUUUAAAAGCAGUUGACUCCCAAGAUUUUAACUCUAUUCAGUACAGUUUUAUGAAUUAUGCUUUUGUUUAUGUACAGUAUAUCAUUUAACCAGUACACGUAUCCCAUCCUAUGCAAAUUGGAAAGAAAACAGUAAAGUAUUUUGCUUGUAAAAUGCUUUAACAUUAUGCCUAGUUUAUAUUUUGACUAUUGGAUUUACAGAUUGUAACAAAGCACCAAAUAAAGUCAUAAUGCUAAUUUUGGGAGAAAAAAUGUCUGUGUGGUUAUGUAUUGGAUGUUUGGU